UAGCGUCUGUUUUUGUUCUGCUGUGCAGAGUUGCAAGAUCAUUCGAGAUGAUCAUCUUGGCUCGGUUCCUGGUGGGGAUUAAUUCAGGGGUCAAGUUGUGGGACUGACGGAGGUGUUGGGAACAGAACCUCUCUGGCACUACUUACUCGCCAGCAACAUGCUUCCAGGGUUAAUCCAGAUGCUGACGCUACCCUGGUUCCCGGAAAGCCCUAGAUAUCUUCUCAUCGACAGGGGGGACAGAGAAGCGUGCUUUCGGGCACUUGAACGACUCCGUGAUGGCGGUAAUCCAGAUCUGGAGAUACAGGAAAUACUAGAAGAACAGCAAAAGUAUUCCGAUCUUGGCUCUGCAGUUUCUGCAAAAACACCCUGGUCACUUUUUAAGGAUCCUGACCUACGAGCUCAACUCCGGACUGUCAUGGUGGCGAGCAGCGCCAUGAUGCUCUGCGGCAAUGACUCCAUCUACUUCUACGCGUCCUACAUCUUCCUUCAGGCGGACGUCCCUGCUGAUAAAAUCCAAUACGCCACUAUCGGCACAGGCGCGUCUGAACUGACGGCUUCCAUCUUGAGCAACCUCUUGAUCGAACGAGUCGGCCGCAGGUGUCUCCUGGUUGGCGGCUACACUCUUAUGUCGUGUUGGUCCAUCGUCUUCACCAUCGCCCUCACGCUCCAAAAACAAGGAGUCGAAGGAAUGCCUUACCUCAGCAUGGCGUGUGUGUUCGCCUACAUCCUUAGCUUCGGCUUGGGCCCGGCUGGGGUGACCGGGAUCCUGCCUGCGGAGAUUUUCGACCAAUCAGCUCGUCCGGCGGCUUACAUGGUCGCCGGAUCGCUAAUGUGGCUCAGUCUGUUCUUAGUAGGAAUGAUUUUUCCCUUCAUCGUCAAGAGCUUGGGUAGCCUUUGCCUGCUGCCAUUCUUAGCUGUAUGUUUACUGUCGGCCGUGUUUUUGGGGCUCACGGUCCCGGAGACCAAAGGCAAGAGCCUGGCUGAGAUCACAGAAGAAUUCGAUAAAAAGAAUAAACGGAAAAUACGGGCAAAAGGAUUGGACGAGCCAACGGAGGAGUUCAACAUGCAAGAGGAAGUCACCAGCUUCUCUUCCUUACCAGAAGGUCUUGACCUUGAAGACUGAACUCAGGGAAUGUGUCUUAAAGUCUUGCUGCAUCACAAUCAUUUUCAAUUUAUGACCUUAUAAGGGACGUGUAGCAAAAUCAAUGUUUUUAAUUUAAUCGUAUGCUGCAUAUUCGCAAAAUUAGGGAAAGAUGCCCUUGAGCAUGUUUACAGAAACUCAGCCUCAUUUAUGAUUCGCACUUUACUAAAAUGAUCACGCUCCACUUUUUUUCGUGCCAUUUGUUAUUUAAGAACACCGCGUACUUGGUUUUGCGUAAUCAUUUACAGCACCAAAGAUUUUACGAGUUUUCACUUGAACGAGCAGCGACGCUCAAGUUAACAGAGUUCGAAAUACAUCCGUGCAAAAUAGACGCUCCUUUUUGUAUGUUUUUCUUCUCAGGCUGUUAAAUUAUUUCUGAGCGGAACGUCAACUCUGAACAAAAACAAACAACCCAAGUUUUUGUUUAUGCAUGAUGCACAUCUCUCUACUUUUUGUCAAUAUUGUUCCUGCCAAAGAUAUUUAUCCCCCCACCACUUCCUAUUUCCUGUGCAUAUAUAAUUAGUCAUUUAAUUUCUACCUUGUGCAAAUAAAACUGAUAUCCCGAA